AGAGGGGUAGGGGGGAAAAGCCCGUGCGCAGCCAGUUUUGUGGAGAGCACGAGAGCAAGGUUUAAAGGAUUGUGAUGGAAAAUAACCCCCCAAAGGACAUCUAUCAGAUAGGGGAGGAUAAAGAAAUAAUAUCUAGUAUCGCAAUUUUCACAUGUGUACUGCAUUCGGAGACUUGUGGAGGGCACCUUAAAAGAGCCCGCUGCAUGGAUUUUCGACAGGUUGCUUUCCUUCCCUCCAAUUUAGCCGCCUUCCACCUUGGCAUUUCCGCCGUCGUCUUUCCUCAUCUUCCCCCCAAUUUCAUUCUAAAUUCUUGACCUCAUUAUGCUGUUUUCCGACUGUGUAGGUGGUUUCUGGUGGUGGGGGUCGUCGUUUGUCGGCUCGAAUAAUCCAAAGUCUUCGCAACAAAUUAUGCUCUCAUCGAAUGAACAAGAGGAGGACUCUCGAGUUUCUCUGCCAGCUCUGCCUCCAUUGCCGCCUCAUGGGUCUGCGACCUCGCUAUGGGAAAGCUGGGAAAGAAUCAAAGUGCCCACAGAUGAUGUGGAUCUGGAGGAUCAGAGCGAAUUCCUGCCUAUUCAUGUUCGAUCAGAGAACGUUGUCGUCUUGUCACGAGUGGGACCUGCCAAGUUUAGGCUAUUGGAUUCUGAAUCUAGUAGCAGUGAUAGCAGUAAUGUGAGCGAUGUCACAGAAUCAAGUUCUCCAAACCCUACAUUUGGAGCGAUGACCCUACCGCCUCCAUCGUUGUGUCCCAAUUCAACAUCCCCACCGUCUAUCUUACAACGUCCCGGAACACACUCACGGCCUCAGAACCUGCAGAAACACGUUCGGUUCAAAUUGGACCAAGAAGAUAGCAGCCAAAACCUGGACGCAACAGUCAAGAUCAAAUCGAGGCAGUCUCGAAAGUUAUCUCCAUGGCCAACGGAUUCCUCUGCCAUCAAUUAUCUCGAUUUUCUUAUGAAUACCUCAUCAUCCCCACCCAAACAUCGUGCGGACGUAUGGGAAUUGAAGCAGCAGCUUAAGCGAGGUACCCUCUCUUUGGCAGAAUAGGAUUGGUCGUUCGACUUUUAUGUAGAUAGAUUGGCUUUUGUUAAGACCUGUAAUAUAUUAGAGCGCGCCAUGGACGGUUAGGUCGUUAAAUAUUUCAGCUUUAUUAUAUCGACAAAG